AUGCCUGCGCGUGCCCUCCGUAUCACAAAUAACCCCCUGUGUUGGUGGUGCCGUCCCUUUCUUACUGAAGAGACCGGCCCGCCUCUGCCUCCGCCAGAACCUCCUCCCGACGUGAGCACCGCAAAUCCUUGUCGACCAGCGAGCGGCGGAUUGAUUUCCUCCUGCCCAACCUGCGGCAGAGUGCGCUUUUCCGUCCACAGUAUGAAGGCACACGCCCGACGUGCUCAGCCUGGCGUUCCGAUAGUCAGCGAAGGCCUCACAUGUGGAUGCCGCAAUGGCGCCACCGUCUUCUUAACAGGCGCGCGAGGCGCCUGUCGCCACCGAAGUUGCCAAGCAUGCCGGAAGGCAAGACACGCAGGAAGCACAACCGCGGGUACUCGAGAUGGACCAGGCUCUUCCGCCACCGCCGCAUCACGGAUGCCACGGGCUGCUGAUCCCCGACGGACCACGGGAGACUCCGCUUCAUCCACUGCAGAAAUGCCCUGUCAUUGA